AUGUUUCCUGAUGGCAACGGCGGUCAUCUCUACAGUAGCCAUCUAAGUGGGAGUCCAACAGACGAUCGAGAAUUUGGUUCAGUGCUGUCCCCUCCAGGGAAUUAUUUGUCCCCUUCGUCAUUAGACAGCAGAUCGUCCUUUGUGACGGGAGCAUACGACUCUAAAAAUACCGCUACGACACCCUCUUCCCUCUCGAUUUUAAAUGCAUCAUCGUUAGAGCCACUUCCGUCCAUAUAUAGUAAUAAUAAUAAAAUAAUGGAUGCUUCAAACCUCAUUAAUUUGAAGGGUGAGGAAGCUCCAAGGUCUGGUGCGCCUCCAACAGCAGAUAAUUCGCCCUGCAACGAAUCUAACUCCGAAAGCACCCAUGGGAGUAAGAAUGGUCAUAUCGUGAAAAGAAAGUAUUCAAGAAAUGGAUGUGUGGAAUGCAAAAGACGGCGGAUGAAAUGUGACGAGACAAAGCCUAAAUGCUGGCAAUGUGACAGAUUAAACCGUGAUUGCGUUUACGUAUUGAACCAGAAAAACAAAAAGAGGAAGACCACGAAGAGGAGCAAGAAAAAUCAGCCUGAAGAUAAAGAAACUGAAAUUGCUGACAUAAAUGUGGACAGUCAUUUUAAUAAUAACGUGGAACUUACACACUUGUCUGAGCCUGAGAGGAGUUUGAGUGUCCCCAAUUUGGUACCUGUGGAACAGAUGAAUGGUUACGAUACUAAUCUACUGAUGCAGAACCUGAACGACAUCGUGAAUAUGAAACUAAAUGAGUCCAUCAUGCUAAAUUCGGACUUGAAAGAUUUUGAUCUUCCAGAUCUAGACAUCCCGGAUUUACUAGUAGGGGGAACGUCAUCUGCCAACUCGGUACCUAUAUCAUUCUUGGUGAACAACAUCAUCCAAUUCAAUAUCAAGAUCAGUGCAUUCAAACUUGGGGGCGUUCACGAUGACUACCUGAAGGUGUUUUACAAUGAUUGUCUAGACAGUAUUGCACCAUUUUUUCAGGACCAGGGGAAUCCGCUACGUGAUAUCCUUUUGUCAUUUGCAAGAAAUGAAUCUUAUUUGUUGUCUGCCAUUUUGUCAAUCGGGGCCUCGUUGGCACAUAGAAAAUCUGGUAAAUUGGAAGAUGAGAAAAACUAUUGUGCAUACUUGUCUCAUUGCCUAAACCUAUUAAGCGAACAGUUUAAGAACGAAUCUAACGUGGUGAAUAAAAUAGAACCCAUUAUAUUAACAGUGAUAUUGCUGGCAUGGGACUGCAUUUACACAAUGAAUUCUCGGUGGAGAUCACAUUUGAAGGGUGUCACCGAUCUGUUCAAGAAAAUCAACGAAGGAAAAUCCUCUAAAGUUUUAAACGUGGCCAAAUGUUGGUUCAAAGUUAUAGAGACAUUUGCCAGCAUCAGUACUGUUCUAGGGGGGUCUCUCACAGAUGAGGAUAUGGAUGUCAUUUUUGAUCCUUACAACUAUCAGUACGUGGACUCUUUGAAAUUUCUGAAUAUCAUGACUCCAUUAAACGAGUUCAACCUACUUCGCGGACACAAGGAGGAUUUUGACCUGGUCAUCCGAGAGGUCAUCCGAGCUUUGAACUACAUAAGAUCUUCCGAGAGGAAUGAGGUAUCCUCCAAAACAGGUAUGCUCGGUAAGAACAUGGAUUACUUAUUGUGGACUCCUCAGAUGGGCAAGGGAAAGGAGCAUAUUUCGUACUUUAGAAUACAAAAAAUAUUGGUUGAGAUAGAUAGGCAGUUGGAAUACCAAUUUAUCGAUAAAAGUGGUAUCAUCCCCGUUGGAAGUUCGUCGCAUCCUGAAAAAAGUUUUAUCAAAGAUAACGCCAUUGAUACUGUGACGUUAAGAAAUGGAGAAAAGAUCGCAAUCAGCUGGUACGAUAUAUCUCAUCAAACUCAAGUACUUUCAUUCUUGCUGAUCGUUCUUCUGAAGUUGCUAGGUAUCCCCAAGGAAUCAAUCAGCGUGCAACAGGUUGUGCAAAAGAUAAUGUCAUUUUUCAAAUAUUUGGAUAGCGAUGACCCUCCACAGAAUUCGAGGACAUGUUAUUCCAAUUUUGCUGUGUUGAUGGCAGGAUUAAAUGCGAUGGAUGAGGACACGCGGAAUAUUGUAAAGCGAUAUUACAAAGUGAACGGCGCCAACUUUAGAAGGUUAACGGAACACAACCUAACGCGACUGGAGAAAGUGUGGUAUGGUACAGACGACGACUACAAAUUGGCAGAUCAAGAUGUAUUAACGUGGUGA